CCAAAUUGUAUUUGGCUGCGCGGUUUAGGUUUCAUGUGAUGCGUUUUGGUUUAGAUGCCAAAUCGGCCCGUGAACACCCCUACCGUGUACCGCAUGCCUAGUCGCACUCUUGCUUUACCAAGUCACCAUCAAGUCAUCAACGGAGUAUCAGAUACUAUCUACAGUUCUACACUUAGCGCCACCAUCUCUCAACCAUCAUCACCACCAUAAUAUUCUCUCUCUUUCUCUUUCUCUCUCCUCCAUUCCUUCUUCUUCUUCCUCAACGAUGGAUAAAGUAUGGCGACCUGCCCUCAAAUCCAUCUUUCUCUCUCCUCCUAAACCCUCUCCUUCCACCAUCAUCACCACCUUCUCCUCCUCCUCUCGUCGCACUCUCACCACCCUCUCUUCAUUGUCCCUCUUUCUCUCUCCUGCUUCGAAUUUCUCACCCUCCAAAACCCUAAUUCCCUCAAAACCCUCUUCCUCUUUGCUCCUAUUUUCGUGGGAUUUUCGCUGUUUUUCCUCUGUUUCACCUUUAGAUACGAAUAAGUUUGAGUGGAAUGGCCCAAUUUCGUGUUCUGAGGUUGUUGAUGCUGUUUCUUUUGAUGAUACUGAUGAAAAUGGUGAUGUUGAUACUCGCCCUGCUAUUCCUGUUCGCGCCUUUUUCUUCUCUACCAGUGUGGACUUGAAGAGCUUGGUGGAACUGAACAAGCAUAAUUUCAUCCCGCCUUCGUCGAGGAUGACUAACUAUGUUGUUUUGAAGUUUGGAAACCUUAAGCCUGAACCAAAUGGUGUGGGUGCUACCUUAAGUGGAAGUGAUUGUGGCUACAUGGUGGUUUUCCAGUAUGGCUCAAUUGUCUUGUUCAAUGUUCGUGAUCACGAAGUUGACGGCUACUUGAAAAUUGUGGAAAGACAUGCCUCUGGCUUGCUUCCUGAAAUGAGAAAGGAUGAAUAUGAAGUAAGAGAGAAGCCAACUCUAAGUACAUGGAUGCAAGCUGGUCUUGAUCGCAUAAUGCUGCAGUACUUGAAUAUUGAUGGUAUUCGUACCAUAGGUAGUGUGCUUGGUCAAAGUAUUGCGCUUGAUUACUAUGUUCGUCAGGUUGAUGGAAUGGUUGCAGAGUUCACUGACAUAAACCGUGCAAUGGAAAAAACUGGGACUUUUACUAUGGAAAGAAAGAAGCUCUUUCAGUUAGUUGGGAAAGCAAAUUCUAAUCUGGCAGAUGUGAUUCUUAAACUUGGUCUUUUUGAAAGAUCGGAUAUUGCUUGGAAAGAUGCCAAAUAUGCCCAAAUUUGGGAAUAUCUCCGAGAUGAAUUCGAGUUGACACAGAGAUUUGCCAGUCUUGACUUCAAAUUGAAGUUUGUGGAGCAUAAUAUUAGAUUCCUACAAGAAAUUUUGCAGAACAGGAAGUCAGAUUUCCUUGAAUGGCUCAUCAUCAUAUUGAUUGGUGCUGAAAUUCUCAUAUCUGUAUAUGACAUUGCUCAUAAGUCACUUUAGCCCUUGCUCGACAUCCAUACACUAGGGUGGUGGCACAGGCUUUCUUUUAUAGACGGUUAGUGCCAUAAAAUUUUUGCUCUCAACUGUACAUCUGCUGCUAGGUUGUUAAUCAGACAACGAUUUUCCUAUAGCUGUUUGUAAAUUGAUAAGAGAUGUUUUACUUCUGUAAAUCCUACAAUUCAGUGAAUUCACUGUCAUAGUCUGCUAGGUCAUAAAAAUUUUGGCUUAUUUUCCAUCUUCCACUGCUAGGUUGGGAUAAUCAUAAAGGAAAUUUGAUUUUCGAGGUUAUAUUCAAUACAGUAUAUUCUUUAUAUCUA